AUAGAAUUAUGCUUGCUCCAGCUCGCUUGUGUUAACUCCAAGAGUCAGUUAUUAACGCGACAUCGCGCACUGCAGUCAUAUCUACUCAAUAUUACAAUUAUUUUUUCCAUAAGCCGCCGACAAUGUCCUCUCGGUCUAACUUUAAACGCUCACCAUUUCAAGCGUCUCAUAAUCGCGUUUUUGAUAUACUAAACCACCAACAACAAAGUAUGAAACCGAAGAGUAUACUUGUCUCACCAGACAGCUCAAUCAAAACUAAUGCCAAGCUGCAACCACGCAAAGCUUCACGCCUCCGCCAAUUGGCCAGUUUUUCGCCAGUACGUCAUUGGUUAGUGGAAAAUAUGCGCAAUUAUUGCAAUAGCACAUCGCUGCACGGCUUCAAUUACAUCACUUUGAAAGGCUCCACGGCGAAUGAGCGACAUUUCUGGAUAGGCGUCGUUAUCAUAUCGAUUAUAAUCUCAAUUGUUUUAGUAAUUGUUUCAUGGUUUUGGAAUCGUGAAACACCCACAGUGACCGUGAUUGAGAGUGCACAUUUUCCUACAUGGAAUAUACCGUUUCCAGCGGUGACAAUUUGCAAUUUCAAUAAGAUUUCGAAAAUGAAGGCGCUGAAGUUGGCGAGAACACUUAAACGACCACCAAACGUUUCGGAGGAGAAACUAUUAAGUCUGUUUCGCAUAACAAUGUUCUUCAAUUUCGCCUUAAAUCACACCGAAGAAGAUUUUCAUAUCUUCGGUAAUAUACUCAAUGAUAACAACUUUACUAUAGCCAAAUUAACGCAAGAGCUUGCACCGAACUGCAUGGAUAUGAUUUCGAAAUGUGUUUGGAAAGGCGAUGGCUUGCGUUGUGACAGUCUGUUUCAGCCAGUACAAGCGCUCGAAGAAGUCUGCUGCUCCUUUAACUAUUAUGGACGCACUACAAAUAAUUUUCCAAAAAAAAUCGCAUAUCAAGUGCCGAAGCAACCCUAUCGCGUUACCGGCUGUGGCCAUUCCACUGGCAUCUCUGUGAUACUCAAUCCCAUAACCGAUGACUACUUCGCCACUUAUCUGAGCAGUUACGGGUUUCGUCUUUUUAUACAUGAUGCUUAUAAUUUCCCCGAUGAAAAUGCCGAAACGAAAGUAAUCACUUCGGGUCGCGAGAGUUUCGUGCGCAUAAAUCCCGAAUCGACAUAUGCGACAAAUGUGGUUAGGAAUAUGGAUGUAGAGUUGCGUAACUGUUUAUUUUACAAUGAGCGAGCCUUGCCAACAAUGCAACGCUACUCGUUUGGCAAUUGCAUGGCUGAGUGUCGUACAAGAUAUCUGCACAAACUUUGUGGCUGCGUCCCGACGAGCUUGCCAAACAAUGGCAGUUUCCGAAUUUGUGGUUUGAGUGAGAUAUAUUGUAUAUUAAAUGCACGAGAGAUCUUUGCGUUGGCAUUGCCAACACAAAAUACGACGCUAUCAGUGGUGCAAACUACCGACAAAUUUCCCUGCGACUGUUUACCCACUUGCGAAUUUAACAGUUAUCCGUCCGAAAUAACAAUGGGACAAUUGGAUAUGAAAUUAGUUUCUACGAUCAAUAAUAUAAACAAAACGGUUAAUUCCGAUGAACAAAUUCUACUACAUGUUUUCUUCAGCGAUUUAAUGGCGAAGCGUUAUCGCAAGGAUAUUUUUCAAGAUUGGUUAUCAUCAUUAGCAUCUUUCGGCGGCCUUUUGGGUUUAAUAAUGGGUUUUAGCAUAGUGACUGCUUUCGAAUUCAUUUACUUUCUUACAUUUCGACCGAUUUUUAAUUACUUCAAUGAUGUUUAAUAAUAUGCACCCCUCUUUAUUUUGCUCAGCUUUGCUUGUGAAAUUGAAUGUAAAAAACAAAAAGAAAGACAAAUAAAUAAAUUAAAAAUUUGUGUCACUGAGCUAAUAUAAAUUUAAUAUUUUAUUUAAUGUCUAAUGUCAGGAUAUCUAAGGUUUAUUUAGCAUAAGGCAUAAUUUAAUUUCAGAAAGCUAUUCUCAUAGAAAUCACAAAAUCAUUCGCCGAAUUUCAGUAGCAUACUUAGUAUCUCACAGAUUGACUGAUAUUUUCGCUAAAGCGUUUGAGACUGAGAACUGGUUUCACGUUUUCAGUAUCUGGGUGCUGGAACAGUUGUAGUCCGAUUUUGACCAUUUUUGGAAAUAAGGUAGGUAUUAUGCACACCAUUCACGCAAAGUUUUAUCCCGAGAUUUUCAUUGCUGCUUGAUUUGGAAAGUGAAAGAAUCAGAUGGAAUUUAAAAUGGCUUAUAUGGGAAAAAGGCGUGGUUUUAGUCCGAUUUCACUCACUUUUACAUUGGAACAGAAAUAUUUCUUGAUAAUAUUAAAUACCAAAUUCGGUCGAUAUAGGUCCCGUAGAACCUCAGUUAUCGGUUUUUGUGUGCCCAUCGUAUUAUUAGGAACCCGUCUCCUAUAAAGCCCUCUUGUACCAUCUUGGAUAUAAAAUUUAAUUUCGGCAGCGCAUUGAUUUAUUGAUUUAUCGCGCUUUUAUUAGUACGGGUGAGGUUAUUAUCCGACUAUCGGUAGGGGUGCUUA